AUGGCUUUCUCCGUGCCCCUUCCAGCCUCUACCGCUACCACCGUCAGCAUGACCAACCUCGACGAUGCCUUUCUUCCCUUUCCUGCCUAUCAAGAUCAUCUUGACACGGCCGCCUUGCACCACUUUGAUCGACAAGAACAAGAGCAGCUGAAGCUCAAGCAGCAGCAACAACAGCGCCAACUCUUGCUGCAGCAUCAACAACACCAGCAACAGCAACUCCAUCGCCAGCAACUUCUCGAACAAGAGCAACAACGCAUGCAGCACCACCAACAACAAGCCUGCUCCAUCGCCGCCACCACCACGAGCUCGGACUUGAACGAACCCUCUUCCGCCGCCUCUCGGGUCUCGCUCUCCGCUCCCAAUCGCUUCACCCCCUGGUCGGCCCUCUUCUCCAGUGAAAUGGCCGCCGAAUUCUUCCCCACCACCACUUCGGGUGCCAUGCCACCUUCCAUCGAUGCUCCCUCAGCUUCCACUUGGCUUCCUUGGUCCUCGCCCGCCACCAACCCCGCAGCGCCCAUUCAGCCCGACGCUCUCCCCUCACCCGUCACCACCACUCCAGGCCCAAAUUCGGCCCUUCUCGCCCCUGAGAUGGCAGCCGCUGACGCCUCUCACUACCCGAGCAAUCCCCCCUCCGCAUCUGCCAAGCUCAACCACGACCUGGCCGUGCCCGAUCUUGCCCCGAGCGCCUCGAAUGCCAUCAUGCCCGACCUCAACGUGGACGACUUUUUCGACCUGGUGCCAGACAACGAUUCCUUGAACAUGCUUGAAGAAUCCUCAACGGGUAUGCACGACUUGGGCGAGGCAGUCGGAUAUGGUGAUUCUCUGGAUGCUACUCCCCAUCACAGCAACCUUCAGCAACACCAACAACAGCGCGGACACAACAACCUGGCUGCAGCACUGGCUCGCAUCACUCAGGAGGCACCCGACAAUGCCUCGUUGCGCGACUGGACCACCCCAGGCCGCAUCUCUCAUCGUGAAGCUCCCCAUCUAACGCAUCAAGUCGCCUCCACCACAGAGCUCUCCGAACUCAAGGGCGCCGACAAGACCACGCGCACUCGCAUCAUGGCCCGUCUGGCUGCUCGCCGACGCAAGCGCCGUGAACGCGAGCACGGCCGUAACCUCAGCCAAAAAAUCGCCGACUCCAACCAUCGCUACAACUCCCUCACUGCUACCCUCGGCAAUUUGAGCGUUCAGCGCAACGAACUUCUCAACAUUGUCGCUACUCGCUACCACAUGCAUCGACGCCCGGAAGUGCCGGCACAAUUGCGCCGCCCACAGUCGCAACAGCAGCAACAACAACAACAACAGCAGCAGCAGCGACAACAGCAACUUCCGACUCCUUACGGGCUCGCCUCGAGCAGACCCACCACCGCACAUCUCGGUUUCUCCCCAAACCAAGCCCCGUCCCUUCUCGACAACUACAUGUAA